CCAUUAUGCUGGUUAAAUCGGUUCCUUACCAGUGGCCGCUGUGUUCAACUGCUGUGGGGAGAGUUACUACUUAAAAGUGACCCGAGGGAAUUCUGCCCAAUACGCCAACCUUGAUGGAACGACUGUCUAAUUCCUUCUUCAAGUUCAAUUUAGUUUGACUACGGGAGAUUACCUGUUAACCUCAGCUCUAUAUGAUGAGUGACUAUUUUCCCGAUUCCGUCGGUUUUCAGACUAUCGCAUAUGUUGCAGGUCGUCUAUAUUUUCCUUUUUCUGUUGGCAAAACUGAAUCCUCGAUCGUAACAGUUGCAUCCAUAGCAGUUUUACUUUUUGACUUCAUCAUCACUUUCGAUUCGGAGGUUCGUUGGACAUGGGGAAGAGGGUGGGGGAUCACGAGAAUAAUCUUCGUCGUUUCUCGCUACGUGCCAUUCGUAGGUCUUGUUAUGACCGUAUACUACUCGGUUGGGUCCACUCAUGGAGGAAUUCCCGAUCAUGGAAUAUUCACUGCUGUAUAUGACAGCGUCCGCUGGUUGGGUAUAGCUGCUUCUGAGCUCCUGCUUGUGUUAAGGACAUACGUGGUUUGGGGGUGUGACAAGAGGUUUUUGAUUUUGACAUUAUUUUUUACCACGGCCGUCUCAGUGGUGGUGCUGGUAAUCGCAGAUGUUGGUGCAAGUGAAUCCGGAGAUUCGACUGGCGUAUUUGAGGAAGGACGUGACUCUAGCAUUGUUUAUGGUCUGUUGAUGUUGGUUGAACUUGUGCUAAUGAUGCUGACACUGUACAAACGCUUCAAAUCUUUCCGAUCGGAAGGCAGUCCACUGGUGACUACUUUAUGUCGGGACGGUGUAGCUUAUAUACUAUGUAUUACUCUGGUCUCGAUGGCAAAUUGCAUUUCCAUCGUUUUACUACCUCUGAGUCGGAGAAGCCCACAGCUAGUCACGCAUAGCGUUCUCGCUUCACGCCUCCUGUUCAAUUUACGAGCAAUGCCCGACUUGCAAGAUGUUGUGACAGACGAGUCGACUAUCUUGGGAGUGGUUUCUCAACACAUGGCGUUUCAAACCCCACCUUGCACCGAUCAUACAGAGUUGUGGGAUUUUACAGACUGCUAG